AGAAAGAAGAUUUUAAAGUGGGGAACGGCGCAGUGUCUGUCCUUUCCCGGUAACCCCGGUGGUUUGCUCGAAUGGGGAAGAAGAACAACCCUUUCUUUUAUUUCUCUCCUUUAGGGCACUUUUCAACCUCCAACUCUCUCCCUCUCUCUCUCAACACCCAUAUCGACAACCGUAUUUUUCUCACACUUUCUCACUGACCAAACAACCCACGUCCAACCCUAAUCCUUCCUCUCUCUCUCUCUCUCUCUCUCUCACUAUAUAUAUUUAUAUAUGUUUAUCCCUCUGCCACUAUUUCCGUACGUCUGUGGAUGAAACGAGUGAGCUAAGCGUGACUGAAAGAAAGUGGAACAAAGAAAAAAGAAUUGGAAACUCAGGUGCACGAAAUCAGCACUCUUAACGGGAGUACCUGGAACACCGAACUUCCAAGAAAGAUGAGAUGAAAUUGCAGAUUGUGAUUCGAGAAGCUUUAGGACCACAGAUCUGGCCAGCGAAAGCUUUAAAUAGGUAGGGGAGGCCGUAAAAGGGUUAGGUUCAGAUCGGCGCUCAGCAUGCUAUUUACUGUAGUAGCUGCUUUAGCUUGAAUCUGAAGCACAAAGGCUCGCUCAGAUCAAGGGCUGAGGAGGCUGAGGCUCUGAGACGGAUUCAGGCUUUGCUUUUGAAAGGGGCGGUCUGCGACUGCAAAAAGCUUAAACAAGAGCUACUGCUAGCCUUCACUGACUUGGACCGUGAUAUAUCGGCAGCAAGUAGCAGAAGGAUAAGAUCAAGAAAAAACCUCAUAAGCCAAAAGGGUGGGUUUAACUGUACGAGUUUUGUUGAGAAAGGCAUGAAAGUGGUAUGGAAGCGGAGGAGAUUCAGCAGGCACCAGCUUGUAAGUUCCCAAGAGUUGGAAACGGUAGAAACGACUCUAGCAAGAUAGGGGGUUCUGAUCACUACCCAGAUGAAGAAGAAGAUGGAGAACUCAACAGGGCUUGCAAUGUUGUCCCAGGAAGCGAUGCCGGUGAGAAUGCAAAUCGACUUCGAGGAUGGAACCAUUCGCGCAUCAUUAGGGUUUCGCGUGCCUCGGGUGGUAAAGAUCGGCACAGCAAGGUCUGGACGUCCAAGGGCUUGAGAGACCGGAGGGUUAGGCUAUCGGUUACUACGGCGAUUCAGUUCUAUGAUCUUCAAGAUCGGCUGGGUUACGAUCAGCCUAGCAAAGCUGUGGAGUGGCUAAUCAAGGCUGCGGCUGAUGCUAUUGCAGAGCUUCCUUCACUAAAUAGUUCUUUUCCUGAUACCCCGAAGCAGCUGAGCGAUGAGAAGCGGGCGAGUGGAGGUACGGAACAAGGGUUUGAUUCAGCUGAGGUUGAGUUAGAUGGUGACCCAAAUUUCCAGCAAAACCAAAGCCAGCUCCUUUCUUUGUCCAAGUCCGCUUGUAGCAGCACCUCAGAGACGAGCAAGGGCUCCGGUUUGUCGCUCUCGCGGUCUGAAAUCCGGGUCAAGGCACGUGAGCGGGCCCGGGAAAGAGCAGCUAAAGAGAAAGAGAAGGAAAACGACUCACGUGUUGCUCAAAAUGUGAACCACAUGUCGCACAAUGCUUCCUUUACUGAGCUUCUUACCGGUGGAAUUAGCAGUGUUAACAACAAUGGUACUAGUCCCACCGGAUCAACGCAUCAAAACCCUUGUGGUGAGUCUAAUUUGUUUCACAAGGCGGCGGCGAGGCAGUGGACUUGUUCGACCCCAAUGGACUACGUCAACUCGGGCCUACUGGGGCCUUCGUCCAGAGCACAUCACUCAUCGGGGUUUUCGGGACAAAGCCACUUGGGAAAUUCCAUUCCUCAAGCAAUGACUAUGUCGGUUCCGACAUUCAAUAUAUCAGGGGAUAAUCAUUCAGAGCUGCAGCAUUUUCCUUUCGUUCCCGACCAUCUCAUCCCGGUGGCCGCUGCGACAUCGCAGCCCGGCAGUGGGCCCGUUGACUACAACCUCAACUUCAGCAUCUCAUCAUCCGGCCUUGCUGGUUACAACAGGGGGACCCUUCAGUCCAAUUCACCGUCUUUCUUUCCUCACCUUCAGAGGUUUUCUCCUAUAGACGGACCAAAUGUACCCUUCUUCAUGGCUUCGACGGCUUCAGCGUCUCCACCCAUGGAGAAUCACCAUCACCACCAGUUCUCACCUGGAUUCGACGGCCGCUUGCAGCUCUACUACGGCGACGGUAGCCGGCAUUCAGAUCAGAAGGGUAAAGGAAAAAACUGAUCAGUUCCUGUCAGAACAACUUUUCUUCUGGCCCCUUCUUCCUGGGAAAUGAUUCGAAGGAAAAGUAGCAGGCAAGACAUGGGGUGAGUGCAGGCCUGGACGUGAGUGAAAGCACCGCCUUCCGUGCAUCGUUCGAUACCUUAUUGUUAUGCUUGUGAAAUUGUUUGCAUGUCUGUUUAAUCAGUUUCAAGUCAUUCGGCUUGCAUGGGAUAUAUAUUUAUUUAGUCCUGCAAGGCAUUGUGUGUUUUGAUCCAUAACUUACAAUGUAAUUGAAGUUAUUCUUUUGUCUUCUACUCUUUACUUUGCAAUUGCCUGUGCUGUGUAAUUUUGGUUGAGCAAACUGCUUUUUGAUGAAUCUGUGAGCAAAAUAACACCGGUUUCUGUAAGUGUUGUCAUGACACUUUCAUUUGAAACAUAUCCAAUUAAUUGUUACA